UGGGUCGUCAGUGCUCCGCGAAACAACUGGAGCAUCCUCCCGUCACCUUUCUUCCCAAAACCUCACUUGACCGACUGUGUCGCCCAUCUCCCCGACCGACUUUCGAGACUCCUACCGGCCACCAAAGAACAUUAUAAUUCUCCGGGGCCAUCGGCUGCUUACUGAUCUCGCUUCUUUCACCACCUCGCUCGACAAAACCGAUACUGUUGCCGGUCCGCCGAAACCAUCGUGCACUCCGUAUCCCUCUUGUCGUCGGGCUGCCACAACGCUCGUGUUGCGAAAGAGCGGAUCCCGUCCAAACAAAACAAACCCCGGCUUUCCGAUCCGCCCCCUCGACAUCGAGUCUUGAUACCUUCGAUACUGGCCUUUGUUGCCCACCUCGGCCAUGGGAGUCUGCCAAUCCUGCUGCGGAGGGAGAGCCCGCGAUGGGCUCUACGAGCCGGUCCUCGCCGACAGCGAAAGGGAAGCUGUCGCCGACCUUCUCCAGUAUCUUGAAAAUCGGGGUGAAACGGACUUCUUUUCAGGCGAACCCCUUCGAGCUCUAAGCACCCUCGUCUUCUCCGAGAACAUCGACUUGCAAAGAAGUGCAAGUCUGACUUUUGCCGAAAUCACAGAGCGAGACGUUCGCGAGGUCGACCGCGACACCCUUGAACCGAUCCUGUUUCUCUUGCAAAGUCCCGAUAUCGAAGUCCAGCGCGCGGCUAGCGCCGCACUAGGAAACCUGGCGGUCAACACCGAGAAUAAGGUUUUGAUUGUUCAGCUCGGCGGCCUCACGCCGCUCAUCAGGCAGAUGCUAUCGCCAAAUGUCGAAGUGCAGUGCAACGCAGUCGGGUGCAUCACGAACCUGGCCACACACGAGGAGAACAAAGCCAAGAUCGCCCGGUCUGGCGCGUUGGGCCCUCUAACAAGGUUGGCCAAGUCGAGGGACAUGCGCGUUCAGAGGAACGCAACGGGAGCCUUGCUCAACAUGACACACUCGGACGAGAACCGUCAGCAGCUCGUUAACGCCGGAGCCAUCCCCGUUCUCGUCCAGCUUCUCUCCUCGUCCGACGUCGAUGUCCAGUACUACUGCACGACGGCUCUCAGCAAUAUUGCUGUCGAUGCUAACAAUCGCCGCAAGCUCGCUCAGACCGAAUCCAAACUCGUCUCCUCACUCGUUACUCUCAUGGAUUCCUCGUCGCCCAAGGUCCAGUGCCAGGCGGCGCUCGCGCUCCGUAACCUGGCCUCCGACGAGAAGUACCAGCUGGAUAUCGUGCGAGCAAACGGCCUCGCCCCAUUGCUUCGACUUCUUUCGUCGUCCUACUUGCCCCUGAUUCUUUCCGCCGUGGCAUGCAUACGAAACAUCUCCAUCCACCCCUUGAAUGAGUCUCCUAUAAUCGAAGCCGGUUUCCUGAAGCCGCUGGUCGACCUUCUGGGGUCUACCGAGAAUGAGGAAAUCCAAUGCCACGCCAUCUCAACCCUUAGGAACCUGGCUGCCAGCUCCGACCGCAAUAAAGCCCUUGUCCUAGAUGCUGGCGCCGUGCAGAAGUGCAAGCAGCUGGUGCUCGAUGUGCCCGUCACAGUCCAAUCCGAGAUGACGGCUGCGAUUGCGGUUCUCGCUCUUAGUGACGAGCUCAAGUCCCAUUUGCUGAACCUCGGAGUCUUUGAGGUUUUGAUCCCUCUCACGCAUUCUCCCAGCAUCGAAGUACAGGGCAAUAGUGCUGCGGCUCUUGGCAACCUCUCCUCGAAGGUCGGCGAUUACGCGGUCUUUGUUCAAGAUUGGAAGGAGCCCAACGGUGGCAUCCACGGGUACCUCUCAAGAUUCCUCCAGAGCGGCGAUGCGACGUUCCAGCACAUAGCAAUCUGGACUCUGCUCCAGCUGCUCGAGUCAGAGGACAAGAACCUUAUUCAGCUGAUCGGACAGGCGCAAGACAUUGUCGACCAGAUCAAGGAGAUUGCCAACCGCCAAAUCGAGCCCGACAACGAAUUCGAAGACGAUGACGAGGGUGAGGUUGUGAAUCUGGCACAGCGGUGCCUGGAGCUGCUCGGCCAGAGCGGCUCCAAGACUCACAUUGAGGGCUAAGGACGAGCGCUAUGCUACUACACACGGAUCUCGCUUCAUUAUUUUGUUCACCAAAUUCCCUUCCGGGGUACUACAGCAGGACCAAGGGGCUUGGAGGCUUGGGUUGGUGGUGUUUUUGGCGUUGAUCAGCAUGCAGAAUGAGAUUCGGUCGGUACGUUGAGUGUAUAUUUCGGCGUGAAGGCAUUUUGAAGGAGCGUUUUAUUUUAGCGUGCCAGUCUCCUGACGGACGAUUACGACGCCGUCUGAGGGCACGGGGCUAGUUUUCUCUUUACAGAGACGACCUGGACCUUUUUGCUUUGUAUCAAGCAUCGUGGCUCGUUCGUCGGGUCAUACGUGUCUCAUAUCACUCGGCCUCCUGCUAGGCUUAAUGAGCCUUUACCUGGCGCCCUUGGCCCCCUACCCAUUACAAUUCAGCUAGUGAUUGGUCAAAGUCGUCUUGCCUGUUGCUUUCCGUCUUGCAUGGAAUGUGCAUGGCCCAUGCUGUUAUGCCACCGAGCCAUACAAGUCCUCUUCACCUCCUGCCCUCUCCGAAAUCGCGGAGUCCGUUGUUCAUCCACGAUCCGGGUAUAGGCAAUGGCUUGGCCACCACCUUACCUCUAACGAGAGCCAACGGUACAGGCCCGAACAUCCGCGAGUCUCUAGAGGCCUCGAGAUUGUCACCGACCAGCCAGCAGUGCCCUUGAGGAAUCUGGAUCAUCUGGUGCCUCUCCGAGUCGGGGCUGUGAAUCAAGACAUAGUCGCCCGGCAUGCCCAGGACACGCUUGAUGCCGUCGGACUCUGGGAAGAUGGGGAUCUUGUAGUGGACCAGGUCGCCGACCUUGACAUUGCGGCCGUAGCGAUAUCGUUUGUCCGUGAGGGGAUAAUCACCACUGACCUCGAAAGUCGGGAGCAUGGAAGGGCCGGACGCGGGCGCAGAGUGGUAACCGUAUUCGACGAAGACGUGGCCGAGCGCCAGGGUCUUGCCCACGUUCAGGGCCAGGCGGAAGGGGUUUCCCGCCAUUGUUGACGGAGCUUCUGCAUCCGCAAUGACGGAUGGCUACGUGCAGCAGGCUAGUCAGGUAGGCUGCUGGGGAACCUUUUUGUUCGGAAGGGCUCCGUUCAUAAGGCGAGUGAGUGACUGUGAGGAACGGGAUGGCGGGUGAAUGUGACGUGUGGAUCCGGCCCCGUGUGAGGUUCCCGCUGGGUAACCCAAGAGCUUGGACCGAAAGCUCGUC